GGCCCGGUGUUUUUCCACUAAUGCUCACCCAUUUUAAGAGACAAAGGUCAGAAAGAAAACCUUAUAAAUAAAAUUUACCGCUGUAAUUCUCACUAUUCAACACCACUCCGCCGCACUGCACUGAAAGAACAGAUACAUUCUAAAGGAAUAAAAAGGAAUUCAAGUUAAUACAGCAUGGCACAGAAAGAGAAGCUCCAGUGUCUGAAGGACUUCCAUAAGGACACUCUGAAGCCUUCCCCAGGGAAGAGCCCGGGCACCCGGCCCGAGGACGAGGCAGAGGGGAAACCCGUCCAGAGGGAGAAGUGGAACUCCAAACUUGACUUUAUCCUGUCAGUCGCUGGUGGCUUCGUGGGUUUAGGGAACGUCUGGCGUUUCCCAUACCUCUGCUAUAAGAAUGGCGGAGGUGCAUUUCUCAUCCCGUACACCAUCUUCCUCUUUGGCGGAGGUCUCCCUGUGUUUUUCCUGGAGGUGGCCCUUGGACAGUACACCUCCGAGGGUGGAAUCACCUGCUGGGAAAAACUUUGCCCCAUCUUUACCGGUAUCGGCUACGCUUCGAUUGUGAUCGUGUCCCUCCUGAACAUCUACUACAUAGUGAUCCUGGCCUGGGGUUUGUAUUACCUGUUCCAGUGCUUCCAGCCGGAGCUGCCCUGGGCCAAGUGUAAAAACUCCUGGAACACAGACCGCUGUGUGGAGGACACCAUCCGCAAGAACAAGACCCUGAUGCUGGCCGCUAACAUCACCAACUUCACCUCGCCCGUCACCGAGUUCUGGGAACGUAAUGUCCUCAGCAUCUCCAGUGGCAUCGAUGAGAUUGGGGAGGUCAAGUGGGACCUGGCUCUGUGUCUGCUGGGGGUCUGGGUCAUCUGCUUCUUCUGCAUCUGGAAGGGAGUCAAAUCCACCGGAAAGGUUGUGUACGUCACCGCUACCUUCCCCUUCGUCAUGCUGAUCAUUCUGUUGAUCCGCGGUGUCACUUUGCCAGGAGCAUCGGAAGGAAUCAAGUUCUACCUGUACCCCGACCUGCAACGUCUCAAAGACCCCGAGGUCUGGAUUGAUGCUGGCACUCAGAUCUUCUUCUCCUAUGCCAUCUGUCUGGGAGCUAUGACAUCACUGGGGAGCUACAACAAGUACAAAUACAACUGCUAUAGGGACUGUUUGCUGCUGGGAGGCCUCAACAGCGGUACCAGUUUUGUGUCUGGCUUCGCAAUAUUUUCCGUCCUGGGCUUCAUGGCACAAGAGCAAGGGGUGGACAUUGCCGAUGUGGCAGAGUCAGGUCCUGGCUUGGCCUUCAUUGCCUAUCCUAAAGCUGUGUCUAUGAUGCCGCUGCCCACCUUCUGGGCUAUCCUCUUCUUCAUCAUGCUUCUGCUACUGGGUCUCGACAGUCAGUUUGUGGAAGUGGAAGGACAGAUCACUUCCUUGGUGGAUCUGUAUCCCUCCUUCCUAAGGAAGGGUUACCGUCGGGAAAUUUUUAUAGCUAUUGUGUGCUCCAUAAGCUAUCUUCUGGGACUUACCAUGGUUACUAGGGGUGGCAUGUAUGUGUUUCAACUCUUUGACUACUAUGCAGCCAGCGGUGUGUGCCUUUUGUGGGUUGCAUUCUUUGAAUGUAUUGCUGUAUCGUGGGUUUAUGGCGUUGAUAAUUUCUAUGAUGCGAUUGAAGACAUGAUUGGCUACAGACCAAAUCCCUGGAUGAAAUGGAGCUGGUCUGUGAUCACGCCUCUUCUUUGUGUGGGUUGCUUCGUCUUCUCCUUGGUCAAAUAUAAACCUUUGACGUACAACAAGGUUUACGAGUACCCCGACUGGUCCAUCGGUGUGGGCUGGACUCUGGCCCUGGCUUCUAUGAUCUGUAUUCCUAUGGUGGUUGUCAUCAAGAUCAUCCAGUCCGAUGGACCACUCAUAGAGAGGAUCAAGGCCGUGGCGGCUCCGCUAGGAGGUGCUAGCUCCCGUCCAGCCGACCACCGUCCCAAGGGCAAGGCUUCCGAGCUGGCCUACCCGCUGGACCCCAACGGGAACAACGGCCUGAUCAAGCCCACCCACACUAUUGUAGAAACCAUGAUGUGAGCGCUCUCUGUGAGAGGAAAGAAUUUUUAAAAGAAAUACCCGCUUUCUAUGUUACUAUACUAUAUUAUCGCUAAACUACUUGUAGGACCAGGUUUACAUUGCUAUGUAUCUGCACUAGGAGGCUUCUUUUUGUUUUGUUUUCUACAGAGGAAGUUACGUUAUUGGUUUUCUGUCUUAUGUUUUUAAUAUUUUUUAUUAAACUAUUGUUAUGAAUAUUUCUGUUAUUACGAUUGAUGAAGUUCUGUGAUCUCCAAGUCACAUGGAGCAGCAGUAUCCUAUAAGAACAGAACCUGACAUUCAUACUUCUUCUUUCCUGUAGAAUUAUAAGUGGUCUGUCUCUAUUUUUGGGGUGGAAUCUUAAAAAAAAAAAUACAAUAAAAUGUACUUAGAUAAUACAAAGGGCCGUAUAAAAACGGGAAGAACGAAA